AUGAAGAUGCAUCUACACUUUGUUUUCCUCUUUGCUAUCCGCUUCUCAGUGGCCGCACAUAUCUUCGUUGAUCGGAAAGGACAGGACUAUAAUCCUGGGUCAGCCGGCAAGCCUGUGAAGAGUAUCCGAAAAGCACAAGAGCUUGUCCGUGAACUCAUUCCGUCCGCACAAGAUGACAUCACUGUCCACCUUGGCCCAGGUACUUGGGUAAUUAACGAGCCCAUCAAAUUUAACAGUGAAGACUCCGGUACCAAUGGCUUAACGGUGACAUGGGCUGGUUCAGAUACGGUCAUCUCUGGAGGACACAAGAUUAUCGAUUGGACUGAAGGCAAGAACGGGAUAUGGUCUGCUUCCGUCCCGAAGGGGACGAAAUCCCGCAACCUCUACAUAAACGGAUUGGCUGCACAGUAUGCUCGACGACGAAUCCACAAUCGGACAGAUUUUGAGUACACCAAAAUCGGAAUGACCUGGAACAGCUCGGAUUACGACUGGAUCAUGAACACACCAGGCAUUGAGAAUGGCGAGCUUCGGGCGAUAAAUUCAUUUACGGAUCGUGUUGCGCUCAUCGAAAAGGUUAGCAACCGCGUCCUUGAGAUGAAGAAGGAUAUAUGGGCCAAUCAACUCAUCGGUUAUGACCAAAUCGCAGAGCCGUUUUGGGAUGGAGGCGUUUGGAUUCAAAACGUCAAAGCCUUGCUGACUGACGGCGGUCAAUUCUACCUUGACAGAAACGAAUCGACUGUCUAUUACAAGCCAUUGGAAGGCGAAGAUAUGGCCACCGUAUCUGGCUAUCUCGGCAUCCAAGAGGUUCUCAUGGUCGUCGGUGGAACCUAUAAAGAGCCGAUUCACGACUUGCACUUCGAGGGAAUCGCCUUUAAGCACAGCACUUGGCUAAGGCCAGACACUUAUGGUUACAUAGAUCAACAGACUGGUGGUUACAUGGGAAAUGAUAGUCAGUGGCCUAAUUUUGAAGCAUCGAGGCCCCAUUGGUGGCAGAUGCCCAGCGCGAUCCAAGUCAGCGCGGCAUACAACGUCACCAUAGAGUCUUGUACUUUCCGAGAGCUUGGAGCUGGAGGCAUUGGUGUAGGAAAUGACAAGAAUGCGCACGUGACGGGCGUUGGCCUUGGGGCCAACAACAUCCAUAUUGAUGACAAUUAUUUCACGCAGGUGAUGGGGAAUAGUAUCACCGUGGGAGGUAUACAAGCCGAUGCACACCACCCAUCACAGCCGCAGAUGCUUGUGUCAGACAUUCACGCCUCCAACAACAUAUUCAACAACAAUUCAGUCCUCUGGUCAUCCACCGUCCCCAUUCUUUUUACAUACACGCAAUUCUCUUCCAUAAUACACAACGAUGUUUAUAACCAGCCAUAUAGCGGUAUUUGCCAUGGUUAUGGCUGGGGAAGCAAUGAUGAAGGAGGGAGCCCAGAGUACGUCAAGCGAGGCCUUUACAAUUACCAGCCACUCUAUGAUACACCCACCGUCAUGAAGAACAAUUUGAUUGAGGGAAAUUUGAUUCAUCAUUUUGGUCAAUCUCAUACUGACUUUGGAGGCGUAUACACGCUUUCACGGUCGCCAAACACAAUGGUGUCAUCUAACCUCAUCUAUGACGCAAGCUGGCAAGCCCUAUAUCCUGAUGAAGCCUCAAGAAACAUCACCUGGUUCAACAAUCUGGGUUUCACUUCAGGAAAGUAUUAUGCGCCAAAUGAUUGGAUUCCAGAGCAGCUCACCGGAUGGAACACAGUGAUUGCUAAUUGGGGUAAACUCGGAGUCAAAGACAACGAGGUCCUAGAUGGGUUCCCAAAUCAUUCCGGAAGACGUAACAACACGUUCCUACGAAACUACCUUGCGCCCUACAUAAAUGGAACAAGCCUCAUAGCACAGCGAGCUGCAUAUCGUGCAGGGGUUACCCCAUCAAAACGCAAGGGAAGGCCCAUCACAAACGAUCCAAAUAUCGCAGAUGCCUACUUGGAUGUCAAAGUCAGCGAUGGACAUGUCGUUGUUAACGUGACUAACUUUGACGAUUGGGACUUCAGAGACGUUGUUUUCCGUAUCUCGGGCCGUGGUAUCACGUUUACAAGAAAGUUUACCCCUCACUCAAUCCCUGCUGAUGGUUCUGCAGCGGCGGUGUAUACUUUUUCUGGUUCCCCAAAGGGAAACGCCACCGCCUGGGUGAGCUAUGCAAAUCCGAGAACACAAAGGUAUCGCAGAGAGAAGGAGUUUUCUCUAACUAUGUAG